GGAUUGAGAAUUACUUGCGUGAUUCAAGUGUACAGACCAUCUGACUAUUAAACAUUAAUUUGCAUUUGGUGUUUCAGUGGAAAAUUUGCUCUGUCUAUACACUGACCAUUCAACUUCCAGUAAACUGUUUUGUUCAGCAUAAAGUGAAGGUUGCUACUACUAGCAAAAAACAACCAAGUCAGGGUCUAACUGUUAUAUGUAUAUCGGUAUGGCAAGGGGUAUAGAUUUGGUUUUGAUUUGUGUGAUCUGGCAUACAGUUGUACCAUUAACAAGGCCCAUGGAUUGGUACUACGAUGAAACAGAUGACUAUGAAAACUCUGAAGAUACAGAUGUCGUGAAUGAACAGGAAGUACAAUACCUGACUUCAAACUGGACGUUCGCGGAUUCUGAAGAAGAAGAUCCUUGUUUAACAAAUCCUUGUGAAAAUGAGGGGACCUGUGAAACAAUUGAUACAGAAUUCCUGUGCCACUGUCAUCCCCUUUAUAUUGGAAAGAUGUGUCAAAUAGUGAACAAUCCCUGCAAGACGAAAACUUGCAAACAUGGAGAAUGCAUCCUUAAUGCUACGCCGCCGUACCACAAGUGCAAAUGCGACUAUCCAUACAAGCCACCUGACUGCAAAAAACGAGUUUACACCUGUUCAAGAAACCCUUGCAAAAAUGGAGGAGUCUGCAGAAAGGGACAAUUAAGGAGUUCUUUUAUCUGCACGUGUCCAAAGACAUUCACAGGAAAAUUUUGUGAAAUUGAUACGGAUGACUGUUAUGAGGAAAAUGGUGAAAACUAUCGAGGCAAUGUUAGUACAACGGUACAUGGGAAAACAUGUUUAUAUUGGAGUUCGCAUUUGCUCCUAAGGAAAAAUAUUAAUAUACUUGGGGAGCAAGCCGAAGAAAAUGGUCUUGGAGAUCACAGAUUUUGUAGGAAUCCUGAUGAUGAUGAUAAACCUUGGUGCUUUUUCAAAGAACACAAUGGAAGACUGAAGUGGGAUUUUUGUUCAAUCUCUCAAUGCCAGAGAGAAUUUACUUCCACUUCAGAAUCUGAGCCUAUUGCUGAAACUGAGCCUACCCCUGAAAACGAGUCUUUCACGACAACAGCACCUCAAACAUUUGAAAGCUGUGGACAAAUAAUAGCUUUCAGAAGCAAUUUCAGUCGCAUCUUUGGUGGAAGAAAGACAGUUCUUGGCAGGCACCCUUGGCAAGCGUCUUUACAACUAAAAAUUCGUCUUGGUAUUUAUGAGGAAGGACAUCAAUGUGGAGGAACCUUGAUUGCACCCUGUUGGGUUCUUACUGCAGCUCACUGUUUGGAGGCUAGCAUACAAGCCAAACAUUAUCAAAUAUUACUUGGGAAAAACAAUUUAAUGGUUACAGGACUCAACGAACAGAUUUUUGAUGUUGAGCAAAUCUUGAUACAUCCGGAUUAUGAAAACACAGACCACGCCUUGUUCAAUGAUAUUGCUUUAGUGAAGUUGGAAAGUGUGGAUGGAAUGUGCGCCAAGGAAACCAAAUAUGUUAAAGCGGCUUGUUUGCCAGAUGACAAUUUACCUCUCUCCUCUCUGUGCUACAUUUCAGGAUGGGGUUUAACAGAAAAAGGAAACACUUCAGAUUAUUUAUUGGAUGCAAAUGUAAAACUGAUCUCUCAGCAAUCUUGCAAUCGAGUUUCAUCUUACAAUGGUGUCCUUGACGAAACCAUGCUUUGCGCAGGAAAUUUAGAGCGAGGUGGAGUGGAUUCUUGUCAGGGUGACUCAGGAGGUCCACUGACCUGUUUGAAGGAUGGACGUUAUCAGGUCUAUGGAAUAGUGAGCUGGGGGGAUCGCUGUGGAUUGAAGAACAAGCCUGGUGUUUAUGCUCGUGUCAGCACAUUCCAUAACUGGAUUCAAGGAAUAAUUAAUUAGAUUUUACUGUUUCAACAUGCAAAUGAAAUCAAAAAUUAAAUUUGGUAGCUCAGCUGCAGGUUGUGUUGCCCACCCUGUGUAUUAAUGGUUAAUAAAAUAUAACUUUCCAUACCCUGAAAGAAAA